AUGUCUACGCCGGAAAUGGCUGGAACACUUCUGAAUCAUACGGUUCAUGCCGACUACGAGCUCGCAACGCAAACGGGCACGGAGACGUUUAUUUCUCUCCGACCAAAUCUCCAAACGAAACUCGAUAUCCUGCAAACACAACUUCUAGCCACUCUAAAGGAAGUUGCUGACGCACAAUAUCUUGCCGAAUUGUGGGAGGACCGGAUACUGGAUGCCCAAGAGCAGCUGGAAAUGAUGAUUUUGGACAAAGAGACUGCGGAAGAGCGAGCAGAGGCGGCAGAAGCUGAGGUAGAGAACCUGAAAGAGCAGCUAGCGAUCGUGCAAGUCGAAUUGAACGUACUGAAAGAAGCCAACAGCGCCUCAGCCAGCAUUGGCGUGGACGACAUCCUUCACCGGCAGCUUGAUAAGGAGAAAAACAUAUUGAAGGAUGCUCUCUUGAGACUCCGCGAUGUGGCCGAGGAGAUGGAUCACGAACAUCGUACAAGGAUAACGGAGCUGGAGGGAGAGCUGAUUGAUGGCAUGGCAUUGCAAGUGAAGUAUGAAACAACUGGACUGGCGCUCGUGAAUGCCGAACUCCGAAUUGAUGAUCUUGAGACACAACUUGACGAUGUCCUUGAUACAGAGGAAAUAGUCCUCCACCUGACAGAGCGCAACAUAAUCCUCCACCAAGAUAUUCAGGAAAUGCGUAUCACAAUCGAAGAGCUUGAAACUCUCCGAUGUUUGGAUGACGAGUUGGAGGAAAACCAUGUCGACACUGAACGGGCUCUGGUGGAGGAGCUUGAGUUGAAAGAUAUUGAAAUUCGAGAACAUGUUAACCGGGCCGGGGCUCUCAAGGAUGCAUGUGCCGAUCUGGAUCGUACUAUUCGACAGUUCCGAAAACGUGUUUUGCAGCUACAGAGCGAAGUCCAGACUCUCCGCAUAAAGCUCGAAAUCGCUGAAUCCAAUGUACAUGAUAUUACUCAAAAAUCGGCAGCAGUAAUGGCGCUCAACUUCCGGCUCCAAUCUUCCGUGUACAACCACCAAGCAACAAUGAUAGAGCUUGAGUUAUGGAAAAUGGACGCUCGCGAGGGAAAGGAGCUGCUCGACAUCGUCCAGCCAUACCUCCCUCAAAUCUACGUUGAUACAGACGAGAAUGCUACUCGUUGUUAUCUUCUCUUUCAAAGGCUCGGUAACAAGGCCGACCUGAUUGCUAACACAAUUACCUUGAACAAUGGUCUGCCGGAAUCGUUGAAGGGUUCAGUUUCAGAUGAACUCAUCGGGGUUUGUAAUAUGCGUGGUCGUAUUUAUGCCCUCUCAAUACUGUGUCAACGCUUUGCCGCUAUAAUACGACGGUGCGAUGUCGAUUCCUUCCUCAAAUUUGGCCGACUCUAUCCCGAAUUUGCUCCCGCGGAAAGAAAGAUUGACCUGUAUAUCGACUCGCUAAUGAAGGAUGAGCUCGACAGAAUCGAAUGUGUGGAUGAUAUCGUGAAACUCACAACGCAGUUCGGCUACCUUGUUGAAACCUACUUCGAUGGAUUUGAACUGGACCUCGCCCAGCGCGAAAUAGGCUAUAUCGUGUCCUUCGACUCUGAUUUGGAUCUCUUCGCGGCUUCCAUCGGUUUCUGUAAAACUUUGGUAACAUCCUUGGUUCAAGAUGAAGAGACUAUACUUGACCUCGAGGAGUAUGACAUCGAAAUCGAGUUGUCACAACCACUCCAACGGCUGAUGGAGCAGUAUGCAGUCGCCAAGGCUCUAUCUCAACAGCUAGUCCAGCGAAUGAAAAAUAUUUUGGGUGGCUCGACCGCUCUCGGAGAGCAUCUGGUCCCGAAGCUGAAAGCCCUGAGCCAUUCCGUUGCCAAACUCGCCAACUUCAGUCUUUUCUUCGCCCAACAAAUCAUGCCCCAUCUCGACGAUGUUCGCGCUAACAACACACCGUUCGAGCUGAUGACGAUCAUGUCUUGCGUGAAGCAAAGUGUGCUGGCUACCGUUACAAGAAAUAUUAACCCUUGGCGCAACGCCUGGGAGCCAAUUAGCCAGUCAGUCGCGCAGCUAGUCCAGGAGGAGAAAGGGCUAUUACGGUCAAUGAUGGAACACGACAAUGUAAUCCAAAUCUCGGGCAUAUCUCCAUGGACGGCUCGUGUCGAGCAAGUCAAAGGGAGCAUUAAAGAUGUCGUCACCAGUAAUCUCGAAGCAAAACGACAGCUUGUACAACUCAAUGGCCGAAUACGCUACCUCGAACUGCUGACAGCACAGAAGGACCGGAAAAUGCAAGAGCUGGUUGUCAAAAACACUUGUAUGCGACACAGGGUGGAGUUGGUAAAGAAACAAGCCGAGGCAAUCAGGGAGCAGGACGGGAUUAUCGUCGAAGCAAAGCGGACGCAGCGUGCACUUCAAGAAGCCUUGGAUCAGGUUGGGGCCAUCUGGAUGCAGACACAGAAAUCAUUUAUCGGCAGCUGA